AUGCCUCCCAAACCUUCCUCCCGUAAGGGCGUCAAGAAGGGAGUCUCCAAGACGGAGUCUUCCGCCGAGACCCAACCUCCAAGUGAGUACUGGAAUCAGCUUACAGACCUUCAACAGGCUUUCCUUGAUGGCGCUACACAACAGACAGGUUCUAACCCAUAUGCCUUUGGUACAGAGAUCAAAACUGAGAUACCAUCCCCCACUCCCGCUUCCGUCGCCAAUGAUGCAAAUGAGAAGUCUUCCGCUACCCCUGCCAAUGAGACGACCAACGGAAAUGUCAAGAACACAAAGAGUGAGUUUGCCAAUGGCCUCAGGCUUUCCCUGAACCAAUUUCCCUGUACCGUGGACGAUAUGACCUUGUUUCCUUGUCCUAAUUAUGGUCCCAAUUACGCCGACGGUCCUACCUUCUCUUCUCAAAACGGACGUUGGGAAUGGAUCUUUCUCCCCUCUAACAUAGAUACAGAGUCUUCCCCUCCCAAGGUCAAGAUGGAGGACAUCCCCGAGGCCAAUCCAAGAGUUCAGCGACCGAGCAACCCCGUCUCGACCACAUUCUCCAUCGCCGACUUGGACCGAUUCGCUUUCUCAUACGGUGCCAUCGGCAGCGACGAUGAUAUCUCCCCUGUGCCCUCGCUGGUGGAAAACAUAGCCGAGCAAGCCAGGACCGCGAAGCAUGUGAGGUUCUUCAUGAACACUACCCACGACAAGCACUUUGUCCCCAUCGAAGUGCCCCCUCUCACUGGUAACGCCAACUGGGGUCCCUGGCUGGCUGCCAUGCGCCUGCUCUUCCGCCAGCACUCGGUGUGGCCUAUUGUAACUUCGGAGCUUCAGCCACUAUCUCCUAACCACAACCUGUACCUGUGGUACCAGCGCAUGUGUGAUUGUGCAGUUGCCCUUAUCUACGCCAACGUCUCUGAGGAGGUUCGCAGAACUUCUUGUUUCAUGAGCACCGCGCACGAAGAUGAUGCCGAUGUUCUGAUGUCCCACCUGUACGCUCACUACUCCGAGCCUGGUUCCACUCACUCUCAUGAGGAGUCUGAACUUGAUUAG